AGCAAACGGCGUUUUUUCGUGUGUGCGCAGGCUGAGAACAGAACGGUGGUCUAAACAGUAAAACACUCGUAUCUUCACACCGUAAAUACGAUUUAUUUUUAGAUUAAUUCUGCUAUCUUUCAGUGUCGCACAAAUUGUUUUGAUUUUUCCACCCUCUUCUGUUCGAGGCUGACGGGAUGACCACGUGACCCGCGCGCCGACCAAUCCCGUGGCAGAAGAACACGGCUCGUAAUUUUGAACAGACGGAGAGCAGCCAGCCAGGCAGAGCUGAGAAUCAUCAAUGUAUGCUGCCAUUCACAAGCUGGUAGCAAAACAUCCACAAACCCUUCCCUGAGUAAUGGAUAUAUUUUACCUCUUUUCAUAUCGGAUGAAGUGAAAUCUUUUUCUGAUAAAUAUGAGUACUCAUAUUAUCACCCCUGGACCGUACCGAGCCACAAAACUGUGGAAUGAGGUGACCCGUUUGUUUCGGGCUGGUAUGCCCCUCAGAAAACACCGCCAAAACUUGCGGCACUACGCCUCCUGCUUCACCGCCUCUGCCGCUGUGGAUUGGCUGCAUCAGCUGCUCCGUAGCAACAGCAAUUUUGGCCCUGAUGUCACCAGACAGCAAACAGUGCAGCUCCUGAAGAAGUUUCUGAAGAACCAUGUGAUCGAAGAUGUGAAGAGUCGCUGGGGAACGGAGGAUCUGGAGGACAACAACAUGCUGUACAGAUUCCCUUCCACUUCUCCCCUGAAGCCCAUUCCCCGUUCAGAUCCAGCCUCAGCCCCUGGCUCCAUUAAGAAAAGGCCUUCAUUCAGGGACAAGGAAGGUUUCUUCAGGUUUAGGAGUAUCAAGAAGCAUGAGAAGGAGACACAGGAAAAUGUAGAUCCUGCCCUCCAAGCAGGGGGAGAGAAUCAGCCAAUAGGAGAGCAGCAGGUGCAGAGGAGAGAGUUGACAGUGGCGGAUGAACAGGAGAUCUGGAAAGACAUCACCGUGACCCACCUGCAGAGGAUUCUGGGUGUUGCAUCUCUUGAUGAAGUUUUAGACCAACGUUAUGUAAACCCACAUAACAUCAUUCAUAACAUGACCAAAGUCAACAAGCAUGGAGUGGUCACACUGGACGACAAGACCAAUGACCUUCCACACUGGGUUUUGUCUGCCAUGAAGAGCCUGGCCAACUGGCCGAAGUACGACAGCGCACAGCCGUCCUAUCCCGGCUUUGAGAGAGAUGUCUUCAAAACAGUGUCUGAUUACUUCUACAGCCUUGCACAGCCUUUACUCACAUAUGAACUGUAUGAACUAUUUAUCAACGUCCUAGUGUUUUGUGGGUACGUUGCAGCACCCACGACACACCAACAUGGGAAACGCAAGAAGCCUGACCUCCCCUCAGCCCCCCCUCCAGCCAAGACAUCUUUCCGCUCCACAGAGUGUCUCCUCUUGUCGCUGCUCAGACAGGGGACAUGUGAUGAGACGGAGUCGCCAAUGACAGAGGUGCUUGGUGGGAAGCUUCAGUCACGGCUGGCAGCGCUGAAAGGAGGCAUUGCCAGUGCAGGUGAUGGUCAGUUAGGAGGCAGCUGCAUGAGCUUGGGUACAGUUGGUUCUAUGAGGCCUCAAACCAGGAGUUGCUCACUAGAAACUGUCCUAGAUACCUCUGCCCCUCUCACCCGGCAACAGCUAUUCCUGUCCAGUGACAGCCUGGCAUCCUGCGCCUACAGCAACAGAAGCCAGGAUGACAGCCCUGCCACCACAACACCCCACAGUCAAAAAGACUUUACAUCUGUAUCCAAAGCCACCCCCAUUACUUGUGAAAAUGCCCCAGGAGGUAUAACCAGAAAUAGACUGCCUGUAGUUUCUGUCGCAGAACUGUCAGUCACACAGAGGUUGCGCCCCUUGCGGCCACGCAGCAUAGGAAGCUGUCUGGACAUUGUCAUAGAAACCGGGGAGGAAGAUGUCAUGGAGACCAAGUGGCAGGGCCGAGCAACCAGCUGCCUUAACGUGAACACUACUGCAGACCAGCAUCACUCCUCCUCAGCUUCACGUCCUCCCUUGUUGUCCUCCUAUCAUCCCUCCUCUUCCUCCUAUCAUCCUUUCUCCUCCUUCUCUUCAUCUGCUACGGCCAAAGUACAAGAGUCUCAUGCUACUACAGGACCUAGUGGGCCCAGACCCGCCUCAAGUACCUCUAAUCUUUGGACGCUCCCUGCACCUGCUGUUGUGCGGCGCUGCCUCAGCUCUCUGGAUGUGUCAAAGCCGUCUCGACCUGUUUCACUGUUCAAACCGCCUGUCUGUGUGCCCACCAGCAACUUGCAGCCCCCCCAACCCAAACCUGAGCACAGCCUUCUCCAUCCCCAGUGUGAGCGUGUAGCCAUUGAGGCCCUGCAGCUCUGCACCCUCCUCCUCCCCCCCGCAUCCCGCAGGAAGUUGCAGCUCCUCAUGAGGAUGAUGUCACGCAUCAGCCAGAACGUGGACAUGCCCCGCCUCCACCCUGCCAUCGGCACCCGAACACUGAUGGUUCACACGUUUUCAGGCUGUGUCCUGGGCAGCGCUGAGGAGUGUGAUUUGGAUGAGCUGUUAGCUACCAGACUGGUGUCAUUUCUAAUGGACCAUCAACAAAGCAUCCUCUCAGUCCCAGAGUACCUACUCAGUGCUAUAAAAGACCAUAUACGUUACCUGCACACAGUACAGGUCCCAAUCGAUGGUGUUUCUAAUGUUGAUGGCAGCAAUCCAGUUUGCGUUCCAGUACCCAUCUACGCAUUUUGUCAUCAGAUUAGCGCCACUGAGUUUGAACAGCAAAAACUGGCAUCUUCCCAAAAGGCCAUGGAGGAGUUGCUGGAGAUCCUGCUGACAGACCAAAAAUUAAGUGAGAAGGACAGACGCAAGAAACUGAAGCAGUUUCAGAAACAGUACCCAGACAUCUACAGCCGUCGGUUCCCCUCCUCAGGCUGGGAAAACAACAAGCCAAAGAUUAAACCUCCCCUCCUCAACAUCAAGAAAACCAAAGCUUUCAGCAUCAGGAACUAAACUAACCAUUACAGGUGUAACCAUUAUAGAAGUCACCACAUUUAUGCCAUUUUUGCUGCACUAUUACUGCACUGAUCCUAAGAGAUUUGGAAAAUUAACCUCUCUUUGCAGCCAUGAACUUUUCCUUGUUACAUUGGAAAUACUCUUAUUCCUGUUAGGGUUCCUCAUUCAUGUACUAAUAUGAGUUAAUGCAGGUUGGAAGACUUCUACAAUGGUAAAUGUGUGUAUUCAUGUCGUGUGAAUGUGUGUGAAGUGUGUUGACAGCUGAGUAAGAUGAAGGCAGGUAGACAGACAGUUGCUCCUUAGAGCAGUUCACAUUAAUUAGUGUUCAAAUGUAACAUGUUUUUAUGAAGCAGGGUUUUUUUUUUUUUGUAAAAUGUUAUGUUUUGGGGGGUUUUGAGUAACAUCUGUGUUCGUUUGGACCAGUCAGACUUUCUCUCUUUACCCAUUUUAUUUUCCCCUCACCUGUCGUCUCUAUUGCUAGCUGAUACUGACCUGUGUGUGUGUGUGUGUGUGUGUGUGUGUGUGUGUGUGUGUGUGUGUGUGUGUGUGUGUGUGUGCAUGUGUGUACAAGUUUUAGAGUUAAUUUUGGGAGGAAAAAAUAUGCAAUUCUGAGGUCACUGGUCCAUAUGGGAAUAAUUAGAUUAUAGAUUUCUUAAUUUAUAUGAAUGAUGACAUUGGGAGCAGUGCUAGAUAUGUCUUUGCUUGAAGUGUUUCUUGUCAUGUUUUUAUAGACUUUACUAAACAUUUUAUAUCAUAGAAUCUCAAGGUUUUAUUUGAAAUGCUCUUUAGUCUUUUGACGUUGAACCUUCUUCUCAAUGUCCAUUCUUGUCCUUUGCCUCUGGUUUUCUUUUUCCUUCUGUUGCUUUCAUUUGUGUGGUGUGUGUUUUUAAAGCAUUUUUACAGUUAUGUUUUAGGUUUUCUCAUAGGGGAUCUUUUGAUUUUCAGAAUCUCAGUUUUUCAGUUUCUUGUAUUCCUUGUGUUUGUGUGUUUCAUCUCAAACCCAUCCCUGCUUAGUUUACUGGCUAGAGAAAUGUUUUGCACUGGAUUUAGGCAUUGUGAAUGGCCAGUAGGUUUAUGCCAGUCAACAGAAUGGUUAAUUUCUACAUAUUUAAUGCAUAUUAGACUCCCUAUAGAAGGUUUCAGCAGACCCGUAUCAAGUUUUGGGUAUACUGUUGCUACUGCUUAUAAAUAAAGCCUCAUGAAGUGUUUUUUCAACAACUAAAGCAUUAAUCAUUUGAAAGCAGUGAAGUGGCUAUUGGCUGUACCUAUUGCUUCUCAUGAGAGUAGCUGGUGUCAGAUGGCAUCCAUUAAUUUCAGCAAUGGAUGCUAACAGGUAAUUAGUAAACUGCAAUACACAUUAUAUAUACCCAUAUUAUGUCAAGUGUCUGAGAAAGUGUCUCAAAAUGGCAAGCUGUACGUUUAUUUAAUUUAUCUUAUAUGAAGUAUUAGUUCUACCCUGAUAUGUUUGUCUAUACCUCAGUUCAAAUAGCGUGUGUAUGUCUAACCAUGUAUACACUCAUCAGCAGUGUUUUGGGCAAAGACUUUUACAGAGGGGAGUGUACAUUGUAAACCCACAGUUGUACUCUUCCUCCACAUUGUUUACUAUGCAAACCCCUGGGAAAUAAACCUGUUCAACUGUUCUAUUUA